GCAAUUCUACCAUAUGCUAUUGGCAAUAUUUGUAGAAUAUUGCUAUUAUUUUAUCAAAUUGUACUCCUCAUGUUUUAAAACAAGUAGAAGAUUCAAAUUGUCCGAGUUUUAGUAUUCGUCUAGAUCAGUUCAUACAAUAUUGAGGUGAUGGCUCAAGCUUUAAAAAAAUUGUCAGUGCAAGCACUGAAGAAUAAUUAUGCUGAAGCAAUUACUACCGGCAUAUUAAGCAGAGCAAGCAGCACCUGGUGGAGUAAUGUGCAGAUGGGACCACCUGAUGUCAUCUUGGGUAUCACAGAGGCUUACAAGAGAGACACAGACUCUAAAAAAGUGAAUCUGGGCGUAGGAGCUUACAGAGAUGACCAGGGAAAACCAUUUAUACUGCCAUCAGUUAGAAAGGCAGAAGAAAUCAUUUACAAUAAAGGCCUGAACCACGAGUAUGCCCCUAUCGGAGGUGAAGCAGCCUAUACGGAUGCUGUUGCUAAACUUGCAUUUGGAGAAGACAGCCCGGUUCUCAAAAACAAGAGCAACUGCACUGUUCAGACGUUAUCUGGUACUGGGGCUCUUCGUCUAGGUCUCGAAUUUAUCACGAAGCACUAUGCUAAGAACAAGGAGAUCUGGCUGUCCACACCAACUUGGGGCAACCAUCCUCAGAUCUGCAAUACACUCAACCUUUCACACAAGAAGUACCGCUACUUCGACCCCAAGACGAAUGGUUUCGACCUCAAGGGAGCCCUCGAAGAUAUCAGUAAAAUUCCCGAGGGUUCUAUUAUUUUAUUGCACGCAUGCGCUCACAACCCAACUGGUGUAGAUCCGAAACCAGAAGAAUGGAAACAACUCUCUCAGGUGAUCAAAGACAAGAAACUGUUCCCUUUCUUCGACAUGGCGUACCAAGGGUUCGCAACCGGCAGUGUAGACAACGACGCCUUCGCUGUGCGACUAUUUGUACAGGAGGGGCACCAGGUCAUGCUGGCUCAGAGCUUCGCUAAGAAUAUGGGCCUGUACGGCGAGCGCGCGGGCGCGCUGACGUUCCUGUGCGGCGACGAGCAGGCGGCGGCGCGCGUGCUGUCGCAGGUCAAGAUCAUGAUCCGCACCAUGUACUCCAACCCGCCGCUGUUCGGCGCCCGCCUGGUGCAGGAGAUCCUCACCGACCCUCAGCUCAAGGCGCAGUGGUUGAAGGACGUGAAGCUAAUGGCCGACCGCAUCAUCGACAUGCGUACAAAGCUCCGCGCAGGUAUAGAGGGCGCUGGCAACAAGCACAGCUGGGCGCACAUCACUGAUCAGAUCGGCAUGUUCUGCUACACCGGCCUCAAGCCCGACCAGGUGGAACGUUUGACCAAGGACUUCCACAUUUACCUGACUAAAGAUGGCCGUAUCUCUGUAGCGGGAAUUUCAUCCAACAACGUCGAUUAUAUCGCCGAGGCAAUGCACAAGGUGACUUCGUAAACAUAUUGAAUAUUAAUAAAAUAUACUGCCAUAAGGAUAAACAAAAGUAUCGAUUUAUUAAUGUGUAAGUAAAACUUUGUGCACAGCAUUUAUUUAUUGCUACACGUAUGUAAUAUGCUGUAGUAGUAAUCAUUUAAAUUUUAUACCCAGAGAUUAAUUCGAAGAAUUGUUCGAUUCAAAGUCAAAAACUUAUUUAUAGAUCGUUUAAUUAUGUGAUGUGUAUCUGAAUUUAAAUAUACUAUUGUUUUCAA